AUGUUGCCGACUUGGGAAAUGUUUUAUCCAAAUACUCCUUCAUUCAAAAACCACACUACAGAUACAAGAAUAUCCACCUCAUCUGCGGCAUAUUUUAUUUUCAGUGUUUUAUUUACGACAAAGAAUGAUAGAGUAAUAUAUUUUGGAAACUCAGAUUCAAACAGGGUUCUUCUAAUAAAUACAAAUUUUUGUAAUGUUACUGGCAAUACGCAUGGCCAAAGUUUAUAUGUGAUUGGAGGCCAAUGCGUGCAAUAUCAUGUUUGUAACUAUAAGCCAAAAACUUCAUCCAAUGAACCGCAUUCUUGGGUAAUGCCAUCCGGUGGAAGGAAUAAUAAAAAUUACAUUCUUGAAUGUUCAAUUUCGUGUCCAACUGGAAAUAUGCCAUGUUCAGCUUAUCACGGUGAUAACUAUAUUGGUAAGUUAAACACUUCAAAUGGUAGAUCAUCAUUUGAAUGCCUCAUGAGAACUAGUGGUGACAGUUCUAGUCAUCUUUGUAGUGUAAAUUAUAGUACAUUUUAUAACAAUAUGGCAACAUCAUAUUCUGGUGGUGAGACAAGAAAUGUUCAAUAUAAAUAUUGCAAAUAUAUCAAUAAUUCACAUAAUAGUGGAUCACUAUUGGAUUGCAGAGAUAACAUUUUAAUUUCAGAUGUAGUUUUUAAAGGAAAUAAAGGGGAAUAUUUAUUUAAACAAUCAGGACAAAUAAUAGCGACAAAUGUAUAUCUUGAGAAUAAUACUUUCACUUAUUCUCCUGCUUCGAAUAUUGUUGCCAAUACUAGUUUUGAUUUGUAUUUAAAGCAUAUUUCUACAUAUCUUUGUGGAGGGAAUGAUCCCAUCAAUGUUAAGUUUGAUCCGACAGAUUGCGUGAAAUAUUUAUCAGAAGAUUCGAUAGCAUUCACUCAAUUUUUUACUCAAUAA